UUAAUCUGAUGUGCCUCUGAGCUCUUAAAGCUCUAAUCUGAUUGGUUGUCAUGGCGAUUAAUUGACUGUUGGUGUUAUUCCAGAGGGGUGUCACUGUGUGUGUGUGUGUGUGUGUGUGUGUGUGUGUAUGUUUGUUUGUGUGUGUGUUUAAAAUGAUAAUAAAUCCUGUUUAAUCCUCACUUUACUCACUUUGUAAAGAAUCUCAGGAGACGGAGGAAAUGGAAGAUUUAAAACUUUAAUAACAGUUUGUCGUCCUGUGGGACGUUUAACACACGUCAUCCUGUUCAAACCUUUGUGUGUGAGUGGGUGAGUCUUUGUGUGUGUGUGUGUGUGUGUGUGUGUGUGUGUGUGUGUGUGUGUAAGUGUAUAUACAUAUAUAUCCACACUUUCUCCUUCAGAACCAGUCAUUUAUUUGAUAAUUGAGUGUUUUGGAGUGUGUUUGGUGUGAUGGACGCGAGUGUGUGGUUUGUGGUGUUUCUGGUCAUUGCUGGGGCGACACACGGAGUCACAGACGGAGACACAGCUGUGGACUCGGAGGAAAACAUGACAGAGAUGCUGGUCAGUGAACAGCAGCUUCGUGGUGUUAUUGAUGAUCGUCUCCUGAAGAUGGCACUGAGUUCAUUACUGCACAACUUUCAGAGAAACACACGUGACCCAUCAGUGUUACACCACCCUCAACGGUUUGGGCGUGGUUCACACUCUGAUGUACGGACUGAUGAGAGAAUUCAGUCUCAGGACUGGGACGGCGUUCCACAACAGAUUUGGAGCCUCGCUGUGCCACAGAGAUUUGGCAAAAAGUAGCUUAUAAACACACACACACACACAUGCACACACACACACACGCAUACACACACACACACACACACACACACACACUCACAUACUCACACAGACACACACACACAUACACACACAUACUCAUCUAUUUUCUGAAUAAUUUCUCAUACAGUACUACAAAAAUAUUAACUGUGUUCAGGUUCUGAUUUAAUAUAAAUAAUAUUACUGCUGUUAUUAAAAAUUUAUAAUAAUAAUAAUGAUAAAUAAUGAAUAAUUAAUAAAUGUGACUCGUUUGUCAUUGUGUUGAUUUGUGUGUUUUAAUGAAGUAGUAAAGCAGCAACA